CCUGCCCCGCUCCCCCUUCCAGGAGCGACAAACCGAAAGAGACGCCUCCCUAGCGCUCCGCUCGCUCCCCGCUGGAAAUGUCCGGGUUUAAUUUGGAUCUGGGGCCCGCCAAGGAGCCGCUCGGCUUCAUCAAAGUCCUGCAAUGGAUAUUCUCCAUUUUUGCCUUUGCUACCUGUGGUGGAUACAGUGGGAAAACAUCUAUAUUCCUCACCUGUAAAAAUAACCAAAAUAUCACAUGGACCCGGGAUUUCUUCUAUCCCUUCAGGUUGAGCAAAAUCUCCUUUGGACCUCUGGAGCCAGGAAUGAAAUGCAACAAUACUUGGAAUUUGCCCAGCUACUUGGUGGGAGAUUUCUCCUCCUCGGCAGAGUUCUUCGUCACUUUUGCGGUCCUCGUGUUCCUGUAUUGUAUCGCAGCCUUAAUAUUGUACCUCGGUUACAUGCACUUGUAUCGAGGUGCUGGAAAACUCCCUAUGGUUGACUUCAUCCUUACGGUCAUCAUUGCUUUCCUGUGGCUGGUCAGCACAUCGGCCUGGGCGAAGGCGCUUGUCGACAUCAAAGUGUCCACCGGACCCGGCAUAGUUACUGUAUCUGAAUAUUGUAAUGCACAGCCUGGUUUCUGCCAUUUCAAUGAGAUCAGAAGGAUGGGAUCCUUGAACGUGUCCGUGGUCGUCGGCUUCCUCAACCUGUUCCUGUGGGCUGGCAGCGCUUGGUUCGUCUACAAAGAAACCCACCUACACAGUCCUCCCUCCAGCGCUUUGCCGAACGCAACCAGUUCCCCGUCUCCUUCAGGGAUGUGAAAGGCCUGAAAAGGCCUUGGAUGUGGAAAUAACACCUCUCGCCUCAGGAUGAUCCUCGCAAUGGCUGUUCCCUCCCCUGUCCCUCCCCUCCUCCAUGGUGUAAUCGAUGUGUGAAAAAUCAAUGGGUUUCACAUUUUUGUUUUUUGCUUCCACGCCGAGGACAGAACCAAAAGUGACACCGUGCACGAGAAAUAUCACGUUGCAUGAAAGCUUGUUCUCUCUGCGUUGAAAAAAAGAGGGUUCCUCUGUCUCGGGUUCGAAGACUCCGCCCUGCUCCCCCGUGUUGAUAAUAAAAAGUUGAGUGAGCAGCAUUUCAAUUGAUUGAAGGCAGCUUGUCUUGUGUGUGAUUAGAGUUGAGUUGUCCCUUGCUUAGUGUCACUCUUUAUUAGUGUAUGCUUCCUUAGAAGGAAGUCCCGCUGAAUUCAGUGGGGCUGACUCAGCAGUGAUAUGCUACCGGUUCGGCCCGGUUUGACCCAACUGGUAAUCAGCUGAGAGGAGAAAGAAGAGAAAAGCGCAGGAUUGGCCCUCCUACCCACCCCUGAGCUUUUCUGUUCUUUAUCCUCUCAGCUGAUUGGCAUGGCAGUGCCUCAGCUGGUGUUUGGAAAGCUGCAUGCGCCAAGUGCACGAUCACCAAACCGGUAGGGAAACUGGUAGAAUCCCAUCACUGGGCUGACUUGUCAGGUAAGCGUGCUUGGGAUCUCCCCUCCAGAUUCCCCAGAAGGGAGUCCAAUUUUUUGCAGAUCUUGCCUUUCUGGCGGCUGUCCAGAAUGUAUGAAACGCCUGGGAUUUGCAGUCAGUUUAGGUGGAAGUCUAAAUAACUCUUAACCCUUUGCAUUUGUCACUCUCAAAAGUUCUUUAAAUCUAGAAAACUUACAGUGCUAGUAGUUAGUUUCCUUCCCUUCCCCAUAGUUUCAUCUGCAAAGACUUGGCUAACAUAUGGCCCAUGUGAGCAUGCCACAUAUUAUAUAGUUAAGGUUCCCCCAAGUGCAGCACAACUUAAUGCUUCACAGCUGUCUCCAUUCCCUCCCUCCAUCCCAGUUGUGGUGCAACUAUUCAAAAAGAGGCCACUAAGUUGUAAUCGUGAAUGUUGUUGAAUAUUGUGAUACCCCUGGGCAGUAAAUCUUCCAGGUUGUAUUUAAUUAGCUUUUUAAUGACACUUGAAUUCAGAUUAGGUUUUAGCUUGGCCUGGACUUCUCUGCUUCUUUUUACAAGCUGGAAGGAGGUCUCCUCAAAUGUCACUCAUGGGCUUAAUGUGGCUUGAAAAUAAUGGUGCAACCUUAACAGGCAGUUAAUUCUGCUGAUGAAUCCAGGGAACCUGCAGGAAAGGUGAUGUCUGGUCACGGCUCCCGACAAGAGUUUUAAUUUGUAGUCCUUCUGGCAGACAAGACAUCCUGUAGAACAGAGAUCAGCAUCACUCAAGGCUGUGAAUUUAUGCUUCUUCCUCUUAAAAUAUGUUCGAGCCAAACCCAAAGCAAAACCUAUAUGCCAAAGAAUCAGGGCUUUAUGUAAACUGUACAGAAGCAUGUGGGCAGGGAAAAAUCGCACCAUGAAGCCAUUUACAAUUGUUUUUAUUGUCUGCCAAGCACCAGGAAAUUCAGGAGAUGCAGACAGUUGAAAUGGGUAUAAAGGUUUAGUGUAAGCUUGAGCUCUCUACAAGAAUCUGAACUACUAAGAAACAAGGGAAAUUAGUGGGAGAUAAGAAUAGAAGCAAUUCAAGGUGGGCUGGACUUAGAUCUCUUGUGGGCAUGAAGAGACUUGAGACUAUAAUGCGUUUGACCCCUCCUUCAGGCUUAGCCUGGUCAUCUACAUAUUCUGGGUAAAUCUCUGUACAUUUUGUGAUUGCAGAACUUGGUGUGAGGUUUGUGGCUGGUGGUUUUUCUGGCAUAAUUUUCCAGAGAUCUUGUUAAUUGGCUAGAAGUUGAGGUUCUGUUUGUCACGAUGUCAAAUAAUAGAAACAGAGGCAGGAUCUCGAAGUGAAAAUGUAUCUUGCAUGGUUUUUUUUUUUUUAUUCUAACUACCGAUAGAAGAGAAUAUCUGUAGCUCAAGGUUGAAUUGUAGAGUCCUUGGUGCCCUCUAAGUACCAUGUUUUUCUUGUAGACCUUUCAUGACCACACUAGGUAAUAUUAUCAGUGCAUUUAUGCUAAUUUUUAUCAUUGCCAUGUAUGAAUUUGCCCCAUUCACUGCUCCUUUGUUGCCUUGGCUAUGUCUUUACUACCAACUUACUUUGCCAAGGUAUUCUACCAUGGUUGCGGAAAUCCACAAAAGUUUCCGAUUGUAAACUUACAGGACGUGUGUGUUCUUUGGAUUGAUUCUUAAAAUAAUGGACAAUGUGAUCCGCCGUGUAUCAAUUUUUCCUCUUGAUUCCUAUUCAUGCCUAGUUUUUAGGGUGCUUGUAUGAGUUUUCCCCUUUUAAUAUAAUUUGCAUUUACUUUCUCCAUGGUUUUUAUUGGAUUUACAACUGUUUCAUGAUAAGACGUUGUGGUUAAACCUUCAAUUUUUUUGUUUUGUUAGGGACAGCACCUAAUCUUCCUCACCCCAAUAGUCUAUGCUGUAAUAAGAUCAUCCUUUUGCAAAAUCUGUCUUAGUCUCAUAUCCCAGUGGGGGGAAAAUCACUGUUCUUAAUUUUAGUGCAGGACAGUGAAAACUAGGACUACAAGCUUACUUAUCAAAAAAA